CUGAAUACCGGGGGAGGGGGGAGGAACCUACAACAAAACUCUUGGUUUAUGAACAUGCGCAUUCGUUCUCCGUAGCUUUUUUUGGUAUUGAAAGGGAGCAUGCGCAUAAUGACGGGCUUGGCCCUCGGAAGUUUGAACGGGACCGAAACGGCUGGUUCUGGGUCUGUCAGUUACUCACUUUUUUGAAGGAGGCCUAGUUUGCAUCUCAGCAUGUCAAUAGUAACAGUGCAACUUGGUCAGUGUGGCAAUCAAAUUGGUUUUGAAGUAUUUGAUGCUCUAUAUAGUGACUCACACUGUCCCCAGGGACUCUGCUCUAAAAGAGAGAAUGAGGUAUAUCAAGCAUCUUGCAAAGAAAGAUUCUUCAGUGAAGAGGAAAAUGGAGUUCCCAUUGCCCGGGCUGUACUUGUUGAUAUGGAACCUAAAGUUAUCAAUCAAACACUAUCAAAGGCUGCCCAGUCUGGCCGAUGGAAAUAUGGCCAGCAUUCGUGCUUCUGUCAGAAACAAGGUUCUGGAAACAACUGGGCAUAUGGUUACUCUGUUCAUGGACCCAGGCAUGAAGAAUCUAUAAUGAACCUAAUCCAGAAGGAAGUGGAAAAAUGUGACUGUUUGAGCGGUUUUUUCAUCAUAAUGAGUAUGGCUGGGGGCACAGGAUCAGGUCUAGGAGCCUUCGUUACACAGAAUUUACAAGAUCACUACUCAAACUCUUUGAAAAUGAAUCAGAUUAUAUGGCCUUAUGGAUCUGGUGAGGUUAUUGUUCAGAACUACAACUCCAUUUUGACUCUUUCUCACUUGUACCGAUCUUCAGAUGCCCUCCUCGUUCAUGAAAAUGAUGCUGUUCAUAAGAUCUGUGCAAAACUGAUGAACAUCAAGCAAAUCUCCUUUAGCGAUAUAAACCAAGUCCUUGCACAUCAGCUGGGAAGCGUGUUCCAACCUACUUAUUCUAUGGAAGGCUCAUAUCACUACAGAAGAAAUCCAUUAGGAGAGUUAAUGGAGAAUUUAGUCCCCCAUCCUGAAUUCAAGAUGCUGGGUAUUCGUAACAUUCCUCAGAUGUCUGAGAACUCACUGGCUUACAGUACGUUUACUUGGGCUGGCCUCCUCAAGCACCUGAGACAGAUGCUCAUUUCUAAUUCGAAAAUGGAAGAAGGUAUUGAUUGGCAGGUUCAGCCUCCUUUAUCAGGACUUCCUACUCUUGGUAAAGUGUCUCUCAACAGGGAGCUUCAUUUUAACACUUCCAUUGCUAACUUGGUCAUCCUUCGUGGGAAAGAUGUGCAUAGUGCAGAUCUGGGAGGAUUUAAAGAUCCAGCACUCUAUACUUCUUGGUUAGCGCCUGUUAAUGCUUUCAAUGUGUGGAAAACCCAGCGAGCAUUUAGCAAAUAUGAGAAGUCUGCAGCAUUGGUCAGCAAUAGCCAGUUCUUACUAAAACCACUUGAUACAAUUGUGGGCAAAGCAUGGAAUAUGUUUGCUUCAAAAGCCUACAUUCAUCAGUACACAAAAUUUGGAAUUGAAGAAGAAGACUUUCUGGACAGUUUCACAUUGUUGGAACAAGUUGUUGCCAGUUACUGCAAUCUCUGAUCGCCAACAAAGGAGAAAAAGUACCCUAGGUCAUUUUGGGGCUAAACAAUUUUCAAUAUUACUUUUUCUGUAAGGUGUUCAGAUCCCUACCUGUUAAAGUAACAAAGGUGAAUGCUCUUUCCUUUGGCAUACCAUAACCACAGAAAAGGAGGAAAACUUUUUUUUUUUUAUUUUUUUUUAACGUUUAUUUAUUAUUGAGAGAUACAGACAGAGUAUGAGCAUGGGAGGGGCAGAGAGAGAGGGAGACACAGAAUCCGAAGCAGGUUCCAGGCUCUGAGCUGUCAGCACAGAGCCCAAUGUGGGGCUCGAACUCACAAACCGCAAGAUCACAACCUGAGCCGAAGUCAGAUGCUUAACUGGCUGAGCCACCCAGGUGCCCCAGGAGGAAAACCUUUAUUUCAUUUUAUUUUAUUUUAAUUUUUUUAAAUUUACAUCCAAAUUAGCAUAUAGUGCAACAAUGAUUUCAGGAAUAGAUUCCUUAGUGCCCCUUACCUAUUUAGCCCAUUCCCCCUUCCACAAUCCCUCCAGUAACCCUCAGUUUGUUCUCCAUAUUUAUGAGUCUCUUAUGUUCUGUACCCCUCCCUGUUUUUAUAUUAUUUUUGUUUCCCUUCCUUUAUGUUCAUCUGUUUUGUCUCUUAAAGUCCUCAUAUGAGUGAAGUCAUAGGAUUUUUGUCUUUCUCUGACUAAUUUCACUUAACAUAAUACCCUCCAAUUCCAUCCACAUAGUUGCAAAUGGCAAGAUUUCAUUCUUUUUCAUUGCUGAGUAAUACUCCAUUGUAUAGAUAUACCACAUCUUUAUCCAUUCAUCCAUCGAUGGACAUUUAGGCUGGUUCCAUACUUUGGCUAUUGUUGAUAGUGCUGCUAUAAACACGGGGGUGCAUGUGUCCCUUCAAAACACCACACCUGUAUCCCAUGGAUAAAUGCCUAGUAGUGCAAUUGCUGGGUCAUAGGGUAGUUCUGUUUUUAGUUUUUUGAGGAACCUCCAUACUGUUUACAAGAGUGGCUGCACCAGCUUGCAUUCCCAAGGAAAACCUUUAUACUAUAUGUUACCUUAGAUUAUAAUAAAAGAUAAAAAAGAAAAGGAGUAAAACCUUUUUUUUAAGUUUAUUUUAUUUAUUUUGAGAGAGAGUGUUGUGUGUGAGCAAGGGGGGUGGGGGCAGAGAGAGAGGGGGAAGGAGAGAAAAUUCCAAGCAGGCUCAACGUUGUCAGCACAGAGCCCAUACAGGGCUUGAACUCACAAACUGUGAAAUCAUGACCUGAGCCAAAACCAAGAGUUGGACCUUAACCAACUGAGCCACCCAGGUACUCCUGGAGGGAAACCUCUUAAAUGGGAAUAGCAUGUUUUUGAGGUGCCUGGCUGGCUCAGUCAGAAGAGCCUGUGACUCUUAAUCUGGGGGUUAUGAGUCCGAGUCCCACGCUGGAUGGAGAGAUUACUUAAAUAAACAAACAAACAAACAAACUUAAAAAAAAUUUUAAUGAAAAUAAAUGAAAAAUAGUAUCUUUUCAAUGAAAACACUUGGUAUUUUUAUUUGUAAGAAAAAUGGUGCUUCAAUAAAGAAAUUUGGAAACACUUUGCUGAGAUGUUGGAACUAUGGAACUAUACAAGAAAGGGGAAUAUUCUUUUUCUAAAUCUUCCCUUUAUUCCAGAAAGGAUUCACUAAAUUUGGGCUAAACUUUCACUACACACUUUUAAACUUAAGAAAUUGGCAGUUCUGUAUUUGUGUUCCCCUCUGAAGUGAAUGCUUUGAACCUUAAGAGGGAGCUAUUGUCAAAUGCUAGAGCAUGAACAUCUAUUUUGAAUAUUCUAUAACAGGGUAAGAUUUUCCACAUCAAGCAGCUAUUUAAAAAUAAAUAUCAGAUCUUGUUAAUAAAUGUAUAUUAUGCUUUUUUAAAUAAAUGUAUACCAUGCUUAAGUACAAAAGGAAGUAAAUGUUUGCUUUUCUGAAAUUCUCUAUCCAUCAGAAAACUGAGUCAGUUUUUCUUUUACAUCUUGAAUACAAGAAAAGAAACUGAUUUUAUUCAACUAGUGUUUUCAGAUUACUUAUAGGUAUUUAUCUGGUGUGGAAGAUGUUGUGCUUUUCAGUAAAAUGUGUAAGAACUUCACCAAAAUUUCAUGAAGUUGAGAUACUAUCCUGUUCUUGAUGAAAUGGACACAAACAGAUGUGGGUUUCACUCAGUAGAACAAAACACACUUGGAAAUUGGCAACUGAGUUUGAGGGUAAUUGUGUAUUUCAAUAAAACACAUCUCAUGCGAUGUAUUAACACAUGUAAAAUGGGAAAUAAAUACAAACGUUGGCCUUUUCUGCCAAA